AUGAGGAAGCAGCUCGACCCACGCAUCCCCACCCUCAUCCGCAACAAUGUCGCCCUCAACCACCGCUCCUUCUUCGUCAUCGUCGGCGACAAGGGUAAGGACCAGGUGGUCAACCUCCACUUCCUACUCUCCCAGUCUCGCGUACAGUCUCGUCCCAACGUGCUCUGGUGCUACAAGAAGGACCUCGGCUUCACCACCCACCGCAAGAAGCGCGAGCAAAAGAUCAAAAACGACAUCAAGCGCGGCGUCCGCGAGAAGGGCGAAGGCGAUCCCUUCGAGCUCUUUGUCAGCCUCACAGACAUCCGCUACUGCUACUACAAGGACACGCCCAAGAUCCUCGGCCAGACCUACGGCAUGCUCAUCCUUCAGGACUUUGAGGCAGUCACGCCCAACAUGCUCGCGCGCACCAUCGAGACCGUCGAGGGCGGCGGUGUCGUCAUCCUCCUUCUCAAGACCAUGUCCAGCUUGAGACAGCUCUACUCGCUCGGCAUGGACGUGCACCGCAGCUACCGCUCCAACGCCUCCGACGACGACCCCGUCGCACGCUUCAACGAGCGAUUCCUCCUCUCCCUCGGCGCCACACACGACACGCUUCUGCUCGACGACGAGCUCAACGUCCUCCCUCUCAGCAAGGCCAAGGACAUCAAACCUUUGCCCGAGACCAGCACUGGCACCGGCACCGGCGUCGGCUCCACCGUCCGCAAGGGCAAGGAGCGCGUCAAGGCCGAAGAGGAGCUCGCCGAGCUCAAGGACCAGGUGCGCGAAACAAAGGUCGUCGGUGAAGUCGUCCGCCACGCAAAGACGCUCGACCAGGCCAAAGCCGUGCUCACCAUUCUCGACAUCCUCGCCAGCUCCUCGCUCUCCACCACCGUCGCACUCACCGCCGCGCGUGGUCGUGGCAAAUCGGCGGCGCUGGGUCUCUGCAUCGCCGCCGCCGUCGCCCAUGGCUACAGCAACAUCUUUGUCACCUCGCCCAGCCCCGAGAACCUCAAGACGCUCUUCGAGUUUGUCUUCAAGGGUCUCGAUGCGCUCGGCUACGACGAGGUCGCAGAUUGGGACCUUCAGCGCGGCACGGGCGAGUGGAAGGACGUCGUCGUCCGCGUCAACAUCUUCCGCGGACACCGUCAGACCAUCCAGUACAUCCAGCCGCAGGACCACCAGGUGCUUGGCCAGGCCGAGCUCGUCGUCAUCGAUGAGGCCGCCGCCAUCCCGCUCCCGCUCGUGCGAAACCUCAUGGGGCCCUACCUCGUCUUCCUCUCCUCCACCAUCAACGGCUACGAGGGCACCGGUCGCAGCCUCUCGCUCAAGCUCAUCCAGCAGCUGCGCGACAACGCGCGCGGCGUGGCCAGCGCAUCUGCGGACGACAGUGCUGCAUCGUCCAGCAAGGCGUCUGGCAAGGAUGGCAAGGGCAGUCUCAGCACUGGCCGUGCAGCAGGCGCCGCACUGGCAGCACGCUCGCUCAAGGAGGUCGAGCUCAAGGAGCCCAUCCGAUACUCGCGCGGCGACCAGAUCGAAUCGUGGCUCCACCAGCUGCUGUGUCUCGAUGCCUCGCUCACGCGCACCUCCUCGGCCGCACUCAAGGCCAAGGGCUGUCCGCACCCGUCGUCGUGCGACCUGUACAUGGUGAACCGCGACGCGCUCUUCAGCUACCACCCGGCGUCCGAGCUCUUCCUGCAGCGCAUGAUGGCGCUGUAUGUGGCGAGCCACUACAAGAACUCGCCCAACGACUUGCAGCUCAUGAGCGAUGCGCCCGGUCAUCGGCUGUUUGUGCUGCUCGCCCCACUCAAGCCCGGCGAGGGCGGCCUUCCGGAGCCGCUCUGUGUGGUUCAGGUCGCACUCGAAGGCAACAUCAGCCGCGGGGCGGUGCUCAACAGUCUCAGCCGCGGCACGCGCGAGGCAGGUGACCUUAUCCCCUGGCUUGUGGCGCAGCAGUUCCAGGAUGCCGACUUUGCGUCGCUCUCGGGCGCACGCGUGGUGCGCAUCGCAGUGCACCCGGACUACGCACGCAUGGGCUACGGCGCACGCGCACUGCAGGCGCUCGAGGCGUUCUACACCGGCCAACUGCUCGACCUCGACAACGUGCGCGACGAUCUGGAUGACGGCGAGACCUUUGCCGCCGUGCGUGACCGCAAGAUCACCAAGGACACGAGUUUGUUGCAGGGCGACGAGAUCCGGGUGCGUGAUGCGGCACGUAUGCCUGCGCUGCUGCAGCGACUGUCGGAACGCAGACCCGAACAGCUCGACUGGCUCGGUGUGUCGUACGGCCUCACACCGCAGCUGUUCAAGUUUUGGAAGAAGGCGGGCUACACGCCGCUCUGGGUGCGUCAGAUCGCCAACGACCUGACGGGCGAGUAUACGGCGGUGCAGCUCAAGGCGCUCGACACGUCCACCUCCACCACCGGCUCGGCAUGGCUCGGUGCGCUCGCCGCCGAUUUCCGCAAACGCUUUGUGGCUCUGCUCUCGUACAGGUUCCGCGACUUUGCCACGGUCACGGCGCUGACGGUGCUCGAAGCCGCAACGCACGGCGCCAAGCUCGGCGAGACGGAAGCCGAGAUCUCAACUUCGGCACCGCUGGGAGCUGUCGAGCUGCGCACGCUGCUCACGCCGUUCGACAUGAAACGGCUCGAGUCGUAUGCGAACAACAUGGUGGAGCUGUCGGUGGUGUUGGACCUCAUGCCCACGCUUGCUGCGCUCUACUUUAACAAUCGCCUGCGUGCGGUGCGCGAGGACGAAGCGGCUGCUUCGGCGAUCAACGCGGCCGAGGAGGAGGAGGAACUGCGUCUUUCCGGCUUGCAGUCGUCGCUGUUGCUGGCGAUUGGGCUGCAGAGGAAGACACCCGACGAGAUUACGGCUGAAUUGAGGUUGCCUCUGCAGCAGGCGCUUGCGCUGUUCGUCAAGACCGUCAGGCUGCUCGUCAAGAGUCUGCGCAAGGUCGAGAAGGCGGCGAUCGCGCACGAUAUGCCCGAACUCGGCGCCGGACUCGAUGCGCGUGCGCCGCUGCGCAGGAAGGCUAACGGUUCAGAGGGUGGCGACUGGUCGGCGCUCAAGGGCGAUUUGAACUCCGAACUGCGCGAUGCAGGCCGUGACUUCCUCGCCCAACACAAAGCUCAAGCCAACCCCGAACUCGACGACGACAAUGCUGACGACGAUGACGAGGAUGAUGAUGAGAAGGAUGAGGAGGAUGAGGAGCUGCGCGUGGCCAAGCAGAAGCUGAUUGACGAGAUGAACUUGUCCAAAUACGCCAUCAAGGACGAUGCUGACGGCAGCACCGACUGGAGCCAGGCAGAGGCCGAGGUGGCCAACCGGCUGCGAAAGAGCGGCAACGACCUGUCGAGCAUCAACACCACCGUCUCGGUCAAGGGCGCCAAGCGUGCCGUCGACGACGGCGACAAGUCCGACUCGCCCAAAAAGGGCGCCGACAAAAAGGGCAAGAGCAAGAAGCAAAAGCGCCGCUAA